AUGUCCAUCCCAUUCUGGAAGCCCUCCCCUGCCCCUCCCGCAAUAUUCAAGGACCAACCACUACCAUGGAGUAAUGCCGGUUUGCUGAGUAAAUUGUUGAUUCAUUGGGUGGCUCCCUGCGUUCAAGUAGCUUGGUCAAGAGAUGUCACCGUUGAUGAUUUAUACGACCUAACACCUGACCUACAGACUAAACUGCUCGGCGAUGAACUCGAGACAAGCUUUAUGAAUCGAGUUCCACCUUCACUGCGACCAAAGAAGUAUAAAUCCCCCAAGCAUACCGACAACUAUUCCUUGCACGAGUCAACUUCAUCAUCAUCAGAGACAACACCUCUACUCGACAAUGCGCAAAGGCAACAUUGCAACUCGAGAUGUAUCUGGGAAAAUGGCAAGAAGUACGAUCAAAGUUUAUUCAAAGCUAUUUAUCUGACCAUAUGGAAACAGUGGUGGUGGAUGAUCAUCGUGAAACUUACAGCUAUCGGCAUUCGAAUAUGUAUACCCCAAGUAAUGCGUAUCCUCAUCACCCAAAUUUCACUCUCUCAUCAAUGGCAUCAAGCCCUCAAACAUGGUGAAUUUACCGAUCAUCUCACUCCGCCCAAAUCAGUCGGGUACAUGAUCAGCAUAGGAACAGGAAUGUGGGCUUUGUUUAUGGUCGCUGCUGUCUUGCUUUACUAUAAUUAUUGGAGAGCGAGGUUGUUGGGUAAGAUGGUCGGUUCAGCGCUCACAGCGCUUAUAUCGAGAAAAGCCAACCGUCUAUCAGGUAAAUCCAGGAUCGAAAUGACCAAUGGUAGGAUAACGACGAUGGUCUCGGUCGAUAGUGGUUUUGUCGAGCACGCUACUCAACAAUCUAACGAGAUUAUCUGUCUUCCCGUCUCCAUCUUCGUCUCAAUUGGGAUAUUAGUAUGGCAAAUUGGCUAUUCCGCAUUUGUUGGGUUUGCUGUAUUGUUGCUUACUGGACCUAUAAAAGUUUGGAUGUUCAAAUACAUAUCCUCCUUACGGAAAGCUCAAAAUGCAAUUGUCGAUCAGCGUGUGAAACUGUUAUCUGAGAUCCUGAACAAUAUCCGAGCAGUUAAGCUGUACGCAUACGAAUCGUGGUUUGGUCAAAAGAUCGAUUCGAAGAGGAAGAAGGAACUGAACAAAUUCCAACAGAAUAAUCUGGUUAAAUCGUUGAUGAUUUCAAUAGUAACUUUCUUACCUACUCUGGCUGCUAUCCUAACAUUCAUUACGUACGCUUCGGCAGGCCAUGAGCUCAAUGCAGCAAUCAUCUUCCCGGCUUUACAAUACUUCAGCUUCUUGAGAACUCCAUUAGCAAUCUUACCCGAAGUACUGACAAACUUGAGUCAAGGAUGGGUCGGUAUAGGUCGAAUAGGAGAUUUACUUCGAGCCGAAGAAAUGGAAAGUGACAUCGAUAUUAGUCCAGAAUACCGACAUGCUAUAGAUGUGAAAGCUGAUUUUCAGUUUGAGAGCGUUUACCCGUCUACUGAUCAAUCCCAACGAGAUCGAGAGAGAAGCCCUUACAGGAAGACAUCAGUUAUCAAUAGGAUGCGAACCUUGAGAUGUCUUGCAAGCAGAAGGGAGCAAGGUAACGGACCUUUACAAGACCAUCAACCAACACCUCACAGUGGAGACGAGAACCCUUUUGGUCUCAAAGAUAUCAAUUUAAAAGUACCGAAAGGUGCACUAGUCUGCAUUGUAGGUAGAGUGGGAACGGGAAAGACAGCCUUGUUAUCGGGCUUGAUCAACGAGAUGAAACGUAUUAGAGGUCAUAUCCAUUUUGGAGGUAGUGUGAGCUACGUCCCUCAGCAAGCUUGGGUGCAAUCAGGAACUAUCAGGGAGAAUAUAACUUUUUCAGCUGAGCGGCAAGACGUCGACUUGGAAAGGGUACAUGAAAUCAUUGAUGCAUGCGCUUUGAGGAGAGAUAUCGAUAUGUGGCCUCAUGGUGAUCUGACUGAAAUUGGCGAAAGGGGAAUCACUUUGUCAGGUGGACAGAGACAGAGGAUCUGCAUUGCCAGAGCAGCCUAUGAGAAAAGUGAUAUUGUCUUACUUGAUGAUCCACUGUCAGCGAUUGAUGCUCAUGUUGGACACCAUAUAUUGGAGAACUGUUUGUUGAAUGGACCAAUGAGUGAUAGAACUAGAGUUCUGGUUACUCAUCAUUUCGAUGUUUUGCCUAAAGCCGAUUUGGUGCUAGUCAUGGAUAGGGAUGAACAAGGGGAUGGACGGAUAAUCCAACAAGGGACUUUCACAGAGCUGAUGCAUGAAGAAGGGACCUUCAAGACGAUGUUCCAGCAAUAUGGUGGGACUGCCAACAUGAACGAGACAUCAGGGAAGACUGAGAGUGUAAGCUCAAGCGAAACCGAGUCAAAGAACGCAACUCCGAAGGACAAGCUUAUCAAAGAAGAUAAAUCGAGCAAACUUAUCCUAGACGAAGAUAAAGCAGAAGGCGUGGUGGCGUCUACUGUCUAUUACAAUUACUGCAGGUCGAUACGAUCCCCAUUCUUGGUGAUCAUGUGCUUCACGAUGCUGGUCCUUGCUCAAGUGGCUUCGGUUCUCAAUUCGCUUUUCUUAGGAUACUGUUCUGAAGAUAAGUUUGAGGGUCUGGGUCAGACCGCUUAUAUGUUGAUAUAUGCUGGGUUGGGUAUCGCUAUGGCUAUCUUCACUUGGAAUGCAACCUUCAUGAUGAGCUGGGCUGGUAUCAGGGCUUCAUAUAAUAUGUUUGAGAAGGCUUGGAAUGGUGUUAUGCGAAGUCCGACUUCAUGGCAUGAUCGUACACCUACUGGAAGAAUCAUCAAUCGGCUGUCCAAAGAUAUAGAGAUUCUUGACGAUACUAUCGCCACCAAGUGGUACGACGUGCUCAGUGCACUGCUUGCUGCUGUUGGUUCGGUGGCACUUGUGUUAUACACUUAUCCUUGGGCUGUACUCGUCUUCGUGCCGGUUCUAGCGUACGAUCUUCUCACCAUACGAUUGUUCCGACAAACUUCGAGGGAAUUCAAUCGACUUAUGUCGUUACUCAGAAGCGAUAUCUACACAGAUCUUGGUGAACAGCUUACCGGUAUUCCAAUUAUACGAGCCUUCAGACAGCAAGAGCGGUUUGAGAAGAAGUUGGAGGAUUCGGUUGAUACUCAUUUUGGGUUUUCCCAAGGAGCUUGGCUGGGGUUACGAUUAUCUUUGGCAAGCAAUUCUCUCAUUUUGGCUGUAAUAAUUUCCGGUAUCAUUUUCAGGGGAUCAAUUUCUGCGGCAGAAUUUGGGGUAGUCCUCAACUACAUCAUGCUCAUAGUAUCCAUCAUCAAUGGAUUCGUGGGAGAUGCCACACUGAUAGAACAGCUGAUGAAUACAGCAGAAAGAGUGCAGUACUACACGGAAUUACCUUCCGAAGCAUCUCCUACGAUACCUUCCGAUCCUGGACCUGCCCAAAUCUGGUCAGACAAAGGCGCAAUUGCAUUUGAUAACGUCGAGUUACGCUAUCGACCGGAUCUUCCCUUGGUGUUGAAAGACAUCACAUUCAGUAUCAAGCCUGGUGAGAAGGUUGGAGUCAUUGGUAGGACAGAUGCAGGGAAAAGUAGCAUUGCCGAGGCGCUGUUCAGGAUGGUUGAGGUCUGCGGGGGGACGAUCCGUAUCGAUGGGAUCGAUCUGAGGACUCUGGGCUUAGACACCCUGAGGCAAAGACUAUCGAUAAUCCCCCAAGAUACCUUUCUCUUUGGAGGUACCGUCAGGGAUAAUAUAGAUCCUACUGGCUCAUUCCCCGAUGAUCGACUGAAUGAUGCGCUCAAUCUCAUUCAUCGAGACCCUCAUGCUUCAUCGACACUGAAAGAUAAGCUCAGGUUGCAGGCGAUCGUCGCGAACGAGGGGUCCAAUUUCAGUGCGGGUGAGAAACAACUACUGGCACUUCUUCGAGCUCUAGUGAAGGGAUCGAAGGUUCUAUUGCUGGAUGAGGCUACUUCCUCGGUGGAUCCGGAGACAGAUGCGUUGAUACAACGAAUCAUCCAAACUGAAUUUAAGGAUGUGACUUUGAUCUCGAUCGCACAUCGAUUACAGACCGUUGCGUACUACGACAGGAUUUUGGUCAUGGAGGAAGGGUGUAUUGCAGAAUACGAUGAACCUCUCAGAUUAUUCGAUAAUCCGAAUUCCAUUUUCAAAGGUUUGUGCGAUAAGAAGAAUGUAACGAGAGAGGAACUAUUCAGAAUCCGAGCCGGAGCAGGCAUAUGA